UAGUAAUCACACAGGAAUAUUUAUACAAUGGGAAUACCUCUGUCCAUUCUGACAGGUAGUAUAGAAUACUGUGUAAUGGAGCCCACCCACUGUGGAUAUUUUAUCUUUCUAUCGUUCUCCUCCACACACCAGUAUGCUCUGUUUCCCCCAUUUACAUUCUAUCUCUGUCUCUCCAUCGCCAUUGUUUCUACGGAAGUUCUUCCCUCUGGUUAUGAGUAUAUUGAUUUGAAGCCACGAAGCAGCUGUAGGACAUAUAAGAUCUGAUUUUAGGCCGGGAUGAGUUGAAGGUACUGGCUGCGAUCUCUCUGUCCAUCAUUUAUCCAAGAUCUUAGCGGGACAUCAAUAUUUUCACCGCUGAGGAAAGCAAAUAAGGCUAAUAUGGAUAGUGAGAGGGACAGCAUCCCAGGCAGUUUUAUGGAACUACUAAACAUAGUUGAGCAGCCCAUGUCAAAUUUCAAUCAAGAAAACACUAUGAACUCAGUACCCGAAGAAAGUUCGUGCUUUUCUGAUAGACCAUAUUGUUCAGAAGACACUGAUGUACUUUCGAGACCUAACUUAAGGGUUGACACUUAUGAUUAUGUCGAUGAGUCAAAUGAAGUUCAGUCCAGUCUUGAAUGUAUGAAAGAAAAGUUUGCGAUUGCUGAUAUGAUUUCUGCCCCUGAAAAUCUUGACGAGCAGUACUUAUUUUCUGCAUACAAUGUUCAGAAUGAGGAGUCUGAUUCUAAUGAACGAUACCUUGAAGGAGGACAAGUUGGAGCUGUGGAACACGGGAUUAGAAGUUUUUGUGAAGACACAUCUGUUCAAAUGUUAAAGCCGAUUGUUGGUAUGAAGUUUUCAUCAAAGGAAGAAGCAUAUGACUUCUACAAUACAUAUUCUCGGGUGCUUGGUUUCAGUAUUCGGAAUGGUGAUAAUUAUAUUAAUUGCAAUGGCGUACAGACAAUGCAGGAAUUAAUUUGCCAACGAGCGGGAAUCACCAAGAAUACUAAAUAUGCAACUACUAGAUGUGGUUGCAAGGCAACACUCAGGGUACAUCUUAAUGAAAAUUCAGAAUGGUAUGUCAAAGUUUUUAGGGAGGAACACAAUCAUUCCCUUGUAGAAUCUUGUAGCGAGAAGAAGCACCUGCAUUCACAUCAACAUAUUGACAAGCCAAUAAGAGAUUUAAUAAACAAUCUUCGGGAGAAUAAUGUUUCACUAACGAGGGUUAAUUCUAUAGUAGCAGGUUUCUAUGGCUCAACAAAGAAAGUACCAUUCUGUAAGAGGAAGUUGCGAACUGUAUGUUCUCAGAUUGCUAGUGAAACACUUCAGGACGACAUUGCUAAGACACCGGAGAACUUCCGUGAUAUGAUAGCACUGGAUGAUAGAUUUGCUUUUUGUGCACAGGUUGAUGAUGACAACAGGCUUAAGUCACUAAUGUGGACUACUGGAAGGAGUAGAUCAUUAUAUAAUCACUUUGGAGAUGCAAUAACUUUUGACACUACUUAUGGAACAAACAUCUACAAAAUGUCAUUUGGUAUGUUUGUAGGAGUUAGUAACCACUUUGAAAGUGUAGUUUUCGCUGGAGUGUUUUUGACUAAUGAGAAGGAAGAGAAUUUAUGUUGGGCUUUUAAGCAAUUUGUUGCUAUGAUGGGAGGAAAACACCGAGUUACUAUUCUUACAGAUUAGGCUAGAGCAAUUGGAAACGCAGUCAAGAAAGAGUUUCCUCAUGCAGAACAUAGAUGGUGCAAAUGGCACGUCCUGAAGAGGGCUCAUGAACUUCUUGGUGCUGUGUAUAGCAAGCACAAAACUUUUGCCGAUGAUUUCCAUAAGUUAGUGAACCACAGGCUGACUAUAGAAGAGUUUGAAGAUGCGUGGGGUUUUUUUACCGUCAAAUAUGGUUUGCAGGAACAUCCUUUCAUGACUAGAGCCUACGAGUGUAGGCACAAAUGGGCGAAACCAUAUUUUAGCAAAGUUUUCUGUGCCAAAAUGUGUAGCACUCAACGUAGUGAGUGUGCAAACUUUAUGCUGAAGAUACAUACUGUAUGCAAUUCUUCAAUAAAUGCAUUCAUUACACAGUACACUAAGCUUAUAGACGAUCGUGAGAGUUGUGAUGCAGAUGCUGAAAGGAAGAACAAACGGAAAAUAAUUAAGGUCCAUUUUGGAUAUCCAAUGGAGAAGCAUGCUUCAGUUAUCUAUACUGCGAAGGUUUAUAAUCUAUUCAAGAAGGAGCUCAUUAAGUCAACAUAAUACCUUGUGCUUCCUAGCUUGGAGGAACAUAAUUUUUUUGUCAAGCACGUCCAGGUCGAGUCUAGGGAAUCGUGGUCGAAAGUUAUAUACAAAAUCAAAGUAGACGAGUCUAUUGGAUAUUACACUUGUGAAUGUGGACUUUACGAACAUUUUGGUGUUCAUUGUAGCCACGUCAUAGCGAUUUUUGUGAACAGAGGUGUCUGCAAAAUCCCCGAUUGUCAUAUAAUGAAGCGGUGGACAAAGCAAGCCAGGUCAUCUACUUUCAACAAUAAGUUGGAAAAGUAUAUCUGCGACAUGAACAAGGAAUCUAGAUCAUUUAGGCACAAGCUAUUAUAUUUUGCUGCAAUAGAUAUAGUGAAUGAAGCUGAAACUGAUCCAGAUGCUUUUGCAAUGGCAAAGUCUAAUUUUACUCGCUGCAAGAUGGAAUUACAUGAGCACAAACUUUCAAAGACAACUACAUGCCAGGUCGGAUAUGGAUCAAUCCCUGAACAUGAAGUAAGUACACAGUCUGGUAUUCAACAGGAAGAUGACGAAGUUGGUGAUUCAUGUAUUCAAAUAGUUGAUACCGCAAGAAAUCUCUCUAUUCCGGUAUCUUCAAUUCUUGCACCUGCUAUAAUGAAGAAGAACAGUAGACCAUCAAAUAAAAGGUACAUGUCUAGCAUGGAAGCAAACAUCAAGAAGAAGAAGAAACGUGGGAAAAAACCUGACCCGAAGAGCAAACAACCUGGUGGUGUGUUAGGGGUUGUCCAGUCAAGGUUUUGCAGCAAAUGUCGAUCGCCAACCCACACGAUAAAAAAUUGUCCUUAGCUAUAUUUACCUUAAUGUUAUUUGUUUGCUUUAUGUGGUUUCAAUGAAAUGACUAAUGAAGUGUGUAAUGAUUGGCAACUGCUGUGUAUUAAUCAGUGAGCUAAGUUCCGUCUUAUUAAUGUUAGUAUUUAUUUAUAAAGUAGGUUUGCCGUAUAAAUUCCGUAAUUUGAUUUCGAUGUCUUAUUUUCAUCAUUCAUUUCUAUCCAUUGAAAUUCUGGAUAUCAAAUAUAAUGAGAAGAUAAUUUGCAUUAAUGCAUAUUAUUAUAUUCAUUACAUAGUUUUCCUGUUCAUAAUUUUUAUUAUUAAAGUGGACAUAUUUUGUAAUUACUUGUGGGAAAUUCGUAAUCAAUUGAAACAUGGUUUGAUAGAAUUGUAUAGCAUUUUUGGUAAGUUUUUAACUUUUAAUUACUUACCAGGUUAGUUUACCUUUUAUAGUAAAACCAUUGCAAUUCGACAUCUCUUAUACAAAUGUUUUGUAAGAGAAAUCUCUCAUUAAUGGAAAGUUUCAAACAUUGUACAUAUCUAUAUUAACCUGAUUUUUAUGUUGCUGUCCUAUAUUGUUUGAAAGUUUGGUAAUUAAUUUUACUUUAGUAAAUGAGUAAGUACGAUAUAGUCCACUUUACUUUAAUUAUCAAACCAUUAUCGAGUGCAUUGAUCAAUUGUUACAUUGAUGUACAAUGUCUUACUAGUUUGUUAAUGUACAAUCCGUGUUGCGAGGAAUAUGUAUUAUGCAUUAUUACUAUAUAUUUCACAAUAACAAAUACUAAUUAUUUCUUCGUUAAUUGUUUAAAACGAAAUCAUUAAUGAUAUGUCUUUUUCUCAAGUAUUAUAAUUAAUAACAAUUAAACAUUGUUUCUUUAUUUUUUAAUUUCAACAUAGAUUAGUAACUUAUAGUUGUAUGUUUCAUAUUUCAAUAUUAUUGACUUCUUUUCAAUUGCAGUUAUUACUUUCUUUUAUAGUCAAAUGAAACUAAAAAUCAAUUUCAAUUAUCACUUAUAAUAAUUUACGUCUUAGGGUUGACAUUCAUUGUGCAAGAUUUGGGGCAUUCAUGAUUAUUAUUUGUUUUAAGUUAAGCUAUUUUAAUAAUGUUUGUAAUGUGAAAUUACAUUUAUGUAAACCGUACGAGCAUAACUACAAGUCUAAGAUUACAAUUACUUAUCGUUAAUCUAGUACUGUACGUAAUGCAUUAUUAUAACAGGAAGUAAUUUGAACAGAUGGAGUACAUUAUUUUACUUACAAUUAUUUGUUUACUUGUGAAUAUUUUAUAGAGCGGUUGAAAAAUUACAAAUGGAUAGGAAAUGAUAUUCGAAUAAGUUGAAAUUUGUUACGUUCUGCAUAUUAUGGUACAGGUACAUGUGAUAUAAUGCAGAUAGAUUAACUACUUUCAAAGUAAAUUGAAAUCUGGAAAGUUUUCCAUAAUUUUUAUGAUACUUUGAAUACAAAUAAUAAUUGUCCUCAAGUAUCAUGAAAGUAGAUAACAUAAAUAUCUCAUACAAAAUAUUUAAAUAUCACGUCCAAUUGUUCAAUUCAACUCUGGUGCUAUUCCCCUAAUCAUCAAUUGUUUCUAUGUAGGAAGUAGGAACUGUUCCAUGGUUUCCUUUAAUGGACAUCAACUCAUACAACAACAAAGGCUUGAAUGGCAUUAUUGUUUCCUGCGGAAGAAGGAACAUGUAAUGAAAUCUUAGUAAGAUGCAACAGAUUUUCAAGAAGGAAACUUACAGCGAAGUCGGACUCCAUUAUAUGCCUACACCUUUGCUUCUUUGAUGUGCCAUAAAUCAACAUUUCUAGUUGAACCAAUCUUCUGAUACAUAAAUCAAAUACUUCAUAGCUAAAUGGUUUGAAUAGUACGAGUGUAUCCUUCAAUUCAUUCCCUGUGACCUCUAUGUACCUUGGUUCAUAGUUUAUUAUCCAGCACCUGUUAUAGUUAAUGUAUGAGCUGUAUUAAUAAAUGUAUAUAUUUUGUA